CGUUGCAUUGUGGGGAUACAAAUAGAGCGCAGAAAAGACAGGGGAGCACAAAGGAAUGAUAACAGCACCUCAACAACUUUUAACUUUAGCCUGUUGUCAUGUUAAUUCUUGUGAGCGUUAAUUCAGAUGUAAGUUUGGCGGCUGGCAGGCUGACAACUGCCUGAGAAGCGCAGGGAAUGUGAGUGGCCGGAGCGAAGCGGCAGGGCGCACCGCUGUCUCCCACCAUCGCUGCUUUUUGUCAGCUGAGCUUUUGCAUCCCGAGGCCCAGCAGAUACCAAGGGCCUCAUCCCAGAAGGACGUAUUUCCUGUACACGGUCAUAAACUGACUCUGACAUGGGGGUGAAAACUUUCACCCACAGCUCCACCUCCCACAGCCAGGAGAUGCUUGAGAAGCUCAAUGCUCUACGCAACCAAGGUCACUUAUGUGAUGUCACCAUUCGGGUCCAAGACAAGCUCUUCCUGGCCCACAAAGUGGUCCUCGUCUGCUGCAGUGAAUUCUUCCGCUCAAAACUGGUGGGCCGGCCCGAGGAGGAGGACAAGUUUGUUUUGGAUCUUCAUCACGUGACCGUCAGUGGCUUCGCUCCUCUGUUGGAAUAUGCAUACACGUCUACGCUCUCUAUUAGCACAGAGAAUAUCAUCGACGUCUUGGCAGCUGCGAGUUACAUGCAGAUGUUCGCCGUUGCAAGCACAUGUUCAGAGUUCAUGAAGUCUAGCAUUCUGUGGACGGCGAGUAACAACAGUAAUAAUAACAACAUUAUGGCAGAUAAACCGCACGAAUCGGCACCGGAGAGCGCCUCAUCGAACUGUGCGCUCACGCCACUGGACGGCAGCGUGUCGCCUGUUUCGUCCGACUGCAGCGUGAUGGAGAGAAACGUUCCUAUAUGCCGCGAAUCGCGACGGAAACGUAAAAGCUUUGUGACAAUGGCAUCGCCUGAGAGUCCGCUCAAAUGCACUACGCAGAUGGUCAACACCUCCCCUCAGAUACCCAACCCUUCCCUGUCAUUCUCAGACAGCACUGCGCAGCCUGUGGAGUCCUCUCUGGCCUUCCCAUGGACUUUCCCCUUCGGUAUCGACCGCAGGUUCCACUCGGACAAAUCAAAGCUCCCCGAGAGCCCUCGUUGUUUGGAUCAGGGCACCGCGGAGACGUCAGGGGUGGUGGUUGGCCGGCGGCUCAGCGACUUCCUCACGUGUGAAAGCUCCAAGGUGGUGUCGUCACCAAUGCCGGCAGAGGAUGUAAAUGUGAGGGUGAAAGUGGAGCGACUCAGUGAUGAAGAGGUCCAAGAAGCGUCUUCGCAGGCGGUCAGCGCCUCCCAGAGCUCGCUGAGUGACCAGCAGACGGUGCCAGGGAGUGAACAGGUCCAGGAGGAGCUCCUCAUCAGUCCACAGUCUUCUUCUAUAGGGUCGAUGGAUGAGGGAGUGUCUGAAGGCUUGCCGUUGAUGCAGGGCACCUCUAACCCUGGAGGACACGCAGAAGACGAUGAAAGGUAUCGUGAUUUGUUCCAACUUGCAGCCAGGUUAGAGGGUAUUCAGUAUCCGUACCACCUUUACAUCAGCCCCUCUGCCAGGUCAGGCACCAACGGCCCCGACAGGCCCUUCCAAUGUCCCACCUGCGGCGUCAGAUUCACACGCAUCCAAAACCUGAAGCAGCAUAUGCUCAUACACUCAGGCAUUAAGCCUUUCCAGUGUGACCGCUGUGGGAAAAAGUUCACACGGGCCUACUCCCUAAAGAUGCAUCGGCUGAAGCACGAAGGUAAACGCUGUUUCCGGUGCCAGAUAUGUAGCGCCACAUUCACGUCCUUCGGUGAAUAUAAGCACCACAUGAGGGUCUCCCGACACAUAAUCCGCAAGCCGCGGAUUUACGAGUGCAAAACGUGUGGGGCCAUGUUCACCAACUCUGGCAAUUUAAUUGUACACCUGAGGAGUCUGAACCAUGAGGCAUCUGAACUAGCAAACUACUUCCAGAGCAGUGAUUUCCUCGUGCCCGACUACCUGAGCCAGGUCCAGGAGGAAGAGGAGGCUCUGGGAGUCCAUUAUGAGCUAGAGGAGUCGGACCAUCAGCCCGUGUACCCGGGAAGCACCUCCUCCAUCGCAGCCCCCUCCUCCUCCUCCUCCUCCUCAGUGCAGAUGCCCGUCAUCUCCCAGGUCUCCUCCUCUACCCAGAAUUGCGAGAGUUCCUCCGGCUUCUUUUCACCCGAGCCCCUGGACCCCCUGGAAGCCCCAUCCUCCCUGAAGAUGGACGCCGAUGAGACGGGCGCCACGACAGAGGAGACCAAGAUGGACAGCAGUGGAGGAGGCAGUUCCCCUGAGGUGUUUGAAGGAGAGCAGCAUGCCCAGGCCAAGGAGCUGGCUUCCAUUACCAUCGAGUGAUUCUAGCCUCCUGCUUGCCCACCAUGUCUUACUCUGCAGUCAUGUCAUAUGGGAAUAUCUGUGCCACGGCGGCUCAAAGGGAGAACUCGGACAUGUUGAAACCUCAUCAUGUGAGGCCUUCAGGUCCCCCCGAUGGAAGUUUUCCGGAGACUUCAGUUGCCUUGAUGAUGUUUUUUUCCACAGAUGCACUUAUUUGACUUUAUGUUUUACACCAAAUCCAGCAAAUUAAAUGAUUAUUUUCUUUGUUUUAAUUAUUUCCCCCGAGCUUGAAUGCAGCAAUUUCCUCUUUGGUGACAUGAGAUAUCUUUGGAUAAAAAAAUUGGCCCAUCACCAAAUCUCAAGUAUUUUUUGAGUCGAAGCAGUAUUUUUUGUAGUCAUUUUGUAGUAGGGUUUUAUUUCCCAUAUGACGUGAAUGCAGCACUAGCUAAAGUCGUUUCUGUCUUAGCCAAUUCGAGGUCUGUUGAAUCCAAGCCUUUUUGGAAAGUGCCUGAGAGAUCCAUUUGAACAAAGCAACGUGUAGAGGAAGAAGGAGAGGUCAAAUCAAGUCUUUGCAAACUGAGCUAAAUACAAUAAAAAACAUUGUAAUUCAUUUUAGUGACAACCCUAGUUUGUAUGGGCAGAGACUGUGUUAUUCCUUCAGUGCCGUCGCUAUAGGCAAACUGUUUAAGCUGAAUAUUAUGUAUAUUGCAAUAGCUUGUACUGUAGUUUACUAUUUGAAUGCUGUGUUUGAAUGUUGGGUGUCGUGAAAUAUGAUAUGUCAGGUGUGUGUGUGUGCAUUUACUUUUAUCUAUAAGAACACAAUACUUUUCUUUUCUUUGUUUUAUCUAAGAUUAUAUUGACAGAGUAUUCCCUUAACACAUGUGCAGUAUAUCAUUUCUGACCUAUCAUAAGUUAUUUUUUGUUAUUAUUAUUAUUGAAUACUGUUGUUUAAUCAAACCUUGCAUCUCCAAAAACAAAAAAAAGCUAAAAGUAUUUUUUAAUAUAAAUCUAACCAAAUAAAUCAAUAGAAGACUAACAUUUGGAGUCACAAGGUUUCACAAUAACAAUGUUCUAUUCCCCAAAAGGCUUAAUGUAGCAUGUUAUCUUAUUUGAACUUAGGCCUGCUUGUCAAAUGCAAUUUUUCUUUUCAGUUUCAAGCCCGUUUUUGUUCUAAAUAUUGAUAUCUCACAUGGCUUUUAAAAUCUGGUCGAUAUACCAACAGGUACACUGCAGAUAUGUUAUGAUGUUUCACUUAGGUACAACAUGUUUCUUUUCCUUUUGAAUCAUUGUGUGACUUUUGUUUUAUUAGAAUAACCACCAGCAUUCUGUUGUUUUGUUUACCUAGGUUGCCACAAAGGGAAAAACUAAAUUAAAGAAAUUCCCUGACUAAAAAUAAAAGCUCUGUGUGCAGCCAGGGAGCAGGAAGUGAUGCUAUCUGUGAUGGCCAGUUUACAGUCAGAACAGAUUACAAGUUGUUGGUUUGUGAUCAUAUUGCUUUAAAAGCAAUGCAAGUGAUUGAAUGCAAAUACUGUGAGUUGUAUCAUUCUAAAUGAUAAAUAUAUUAUGUAUCCUUCACCUUAAACUGAUAGCACAGUUUGGCAGUUGACUUUACUAAUUUCAACUUUUUUUUUAUUUUUGUUUGGUCAAACUUCAAACUCCUGUUAUCUGUGUCGUGCCAACAUGGUUGUAAUUGUGUACUUGGACAUUGUUGUUUCUGUAUUUUGAGGAGAUAAUGAUACCCGUGGUUAUAAUCCACGAGUUGAAUGCUACUGACUGUGACUGGGUCGUUUCUUUUCCGUCGCCCCCUGAAAGUAGUACAAGCAGCCGACAUUGAGAAUGAUCACAGCAGGAUGUAAGACCUCCUAACACAGGGGUGAUUGUAAAAUGUAAAGAUGAUUAUUGCUGUGAUGAUGGAAUCAAUAUAACUCUGUCCUGAUCAUUCAAGUCGCUGAGAGCUGUCUUAAUAAGAGCUUGCGCCACCCUAUCAGUCAAAACGUUGUGCCAUUUGCCCUUUUUAUCUGGGUACAAAUCACGUUUCUUUCCUACAGGACCAAAUGUUCUCGAUCUCAUUGGGGAUUUGCCAUGGCAAUCAGUAAUUGCACAUAUUAAAAGAGAGAUAAUCAUUGUAAGUGGUCCAUGCUAUUAGCAAAAAGGGGUCCUGCUGUGUUGCCCCUUAAAACACUGUAUGAUGUUGUGCAUUUAAGAGGCUAGCCUUAGUAAAUGGACCUAUUAACUCUAGUUGCACAAUAUCAACAUUUAAAAAGAAAAAACGUUUUCUAUUCUCCAUUUGUACAUCAUGCUUUUCAUCUGUUGUGUUCAAAGUGUCUGUAUUCAAACGACUUUUUUAUAAUGAAAUGCUGCUGUGUGUUGAAACGCAAAAGUGCCCAAAAUAUUUUCGUGAACCGAUGGUGUGCAAUAAAUGGACAGGUGUCGUUUUAAAAGAUAUAUAUAUAUAGAUAUAUAUAGAUAAAAAAGAAUGUAUUUUGUUUCAAAUCAAAUGUGACUGAAGGAGUAUCAAAUAGGCGAAGACCCCUUUUGAUCUGUGAAACUUGGAACAAAGCUUUGACAUCAAACAGCUCCUUUCUGUUUGUUUUUAAAGUUGCAUGUUCAUAUCGUUCUGUGAAGUGGAGAGCAUGUUUUCAGUUCUGUCAAGGCCUUAUUUCAAGAUGACUCUUCAUCCAGCGUAGCUUUGAUAUAUUGUUCAGCAUGCCCUCUUCUUUUGAUCCCUUUUCAUGUGCAAUGUUUUAAGAUAUCUCGAUUAUAUACAGGACAUGCCUUGUCAAUGUACACUUGAUGUUGUAUACGUUUUCCAGUCCUUAUUUAAAAGUAGGAAAAUAUAAGAAAAAAAAGAUGGUAGCUCUUCAUAAUGGCAUAUAUUUUUGGUGACUUUUGUAUUAUGGUUGCUGUUUCAUGGCAUCUUUAGAUAAUCUUGUUAAAUGUGAAUAGAACAGCUUAGUUUGGCAGUACAGGGGGCCUUCUUCACUUUGUGACCGUCUGCAGUGUGUAUAUAAAUACAUAUACAGUAUAUACACUCAUACUAUGUUGCAUAUUCUUUAUACUGUUAGGCUACUUGAUUACAACCUGCUUUGAGACAGAUGUUGUAUUUUGUGUCUUUGAUACUGUAUUUAAACUGUACAAAAACAUCCCGGAUAUAAUGCAACGUGCACAUUGUUUAGGGAGAAGCAACGUUCGUGGUGUUGAGUGUUUUAACUGGAUCAUAUUCCACAGUUGGCUGUUCAAAUCUGACAAGACCACUCUGUAUUUUAGAGUUGAUGGUGUUCUUAAUCUUUGCUAGCGUUCUGGCUUUGCAGUCCUGUUAUUAAAGAGUUGUUUUUGUAAAAGUAUAACAUGUAAAUUAAAAAAACUAUGUUUAAAACUUG